AAAUUGUCUUCAACAUCAGGUACCAAAUGGAGUCUUUCCUACUGCUCCUCCUUCUGGUAAUACAAGGUGGGAUUCGUUGCUGUGCCCGGAACAAUCGCCUGUGCGCCCCUUCGGCGUGCGGCGAGGUCCGUAACAUUAGCUAUCCCUUUCGACUGAAGGACGACCCGAAAGGCUGCGGGGACUCGAGGUUCGAGCUGGCGUGUGAAGAUAACCGCACGGUGCUAUCUUUGUACGCCGGCCGAUAUCACGUGAAAAGGAUAAUACCAGACAUCAAUUAUUGGGGUAUCAUUGAGGGGCUUAUGGAAGUGGUCGAUGUCGGGCUGCAAAAGAGCAACUGUUCCUCCCUUCCUCUCCACCCCUUAACAUACUCUAAUUUCAGUGGAGAAGGAGCUGAUCCGUACUAUCUGAGUCAUUCAUUUCCCACGGUGACCAUUCUGUCUUGCUCAAAGCAAGUGACGUCUCCUUCAUAUAUACACACUGAACCGUGUAUAGCUUUAAACGGGUACUAUACUUAUGCCGUCCUCUAGCGGGUAUCCGAUAUUGAGGAUUCUUGCACCAUAACCAUGUCCAUACCUGCAGCAGAAUAUAUAUGGGAUAAAAUAGGAGCAUCGUCCUGGGAGAAUCGCACGGUCUCUUACAACGACAUCCACAAUGCGAUGGCCGACGGGUUUAAUCUCUCGUACUGGUUGCCGCGGAAGAAAACAUAUCACUUUUGCUUCUUAGGCUUCCGAUUCCGAGGGAAACGAUGCAUACCCUACUACUACGACAAUUCUUCCUGGGGUACGGCGCUAAAUGUUGCAUUGAAUACAGUUCCUGAUGUCGGCUUUGUCUUUGUUCACUUCUUGGCAGCGAAGUUCAUUUUCGGAGCUCCAUGUGUGUUGAUACUUCUAAUCUAUAAGUGGAUGAGGAGGCAUCAAGCAAUGGAUGCAAACGUCGAAGAAUUUCUACAAGCUCACAACAACUUUUUGCCCAUAAGGUACUCUUACUCCGAUAUCAAGAAGAUCACAAAAAAUUUCAAGCACAAGUUAGGUGAAGGGGGAUUUGGUUCCGUGUACAGAGGAGUACUUAGAAGUGGCAAUGAAGUCGCGGUUAAGAUUUUGAACAAACCGAAAUCUAACGGCGAAGAUUUUAUAAGCGAAGUGGCCACGAUUGGAAGGAUCCACCACGUUAAUGUGGUCCAACUUGUUGGUUUUUGCUUCGAUUACUCCAAACAAGCUCUUGUUUAUGAUUUCAUGCCGAAUGGAUCUUUGGACAAGCACAUUUUGCAUAAGGACGGUGACCAUUCUCUUGAUUAUAAGAAAAUGUAUGAGAUCUCUCUUGGCAUAGCUAGAGGGAUAGCGUAUCUACAUCGGGGAUGCGACAUGCAAAUUUUACACUUUGACAUCAAGCCUCACAACAUUCUUCUUGACCGGAGUUUCACUCCUAAAGUUUCUGACUUUGGACUUGCAAGACUUUAUCCAACUGGUCACAGCAUAGUAACAAUGACCGCAGCAAGAGGAACUUUGGGAUAUAUGGCGCCCGAGCUAUUCUAUAAGGACAUUGGCGGUGUUUCUUACAAAGCCGAUGUUUAUAGUUUUGGGAUGAUGUUAAUGGAAAUGGCCGGUAGAAGGAGAAAUUUAAAUGCAAAUGCAGAGGCUUCAAGUCAAAUUUAUUUUCCUUUGUGGGUUUAUGAUCAACUCAGCAAAGAAAAUGUGGUUGAAAUGGCAAAUGCCACAGAAGAGGAGAGAGAGACAACGUGGAAGAUGAUAAUUGUUGCUCUUUGGUGCAUACAAUUGAGCCCUCAUGAUCGACCGUCGAUGAGCCGAGUACUCACCAUGCUAGAAGGAGAGAUCGAUAAACUACAACUUCCCCCAAAGCCACUUCUAUAUCCGAGGGAGACUCCAGUUGAUGAUGUUGAGACCGAGCUAGAACUUGAAACAUUCUCAUCUUCCUCAAGUGCUCCAACAAUUUCUAGUAGUUACCGGUAUGAGCACAAUAACAAGUUUGCGGAAUCUAGUUUUGUGUGAUUAUAUAAAUCGAGUGCAAAUUAUGCGUAGUAUUAUCGCUUGUACACGAUUUUUGUGG